GAGCUCAAAACCAGAGUUCUCUUUAUUCACACUCCAUCUACAGUUUAGGCAAGCUGUUUAGAUCUUUACUUAGCUAUCUUUUUUUUUCUUUUUCUUCAAUUCAAUUUGAAAAAAAAAUCCUUCUUCAAUGGAGGAUCAAGUUCACAUUGAUUACCUUCCUUGCACAUCUUCUUCUUCUUCCUCUUAUGACAUCAUAGAGUCUAAGAAAUCUUCAAACGGAAACGAGAAAAAAAGACAUAAAAGGGACGGCGGCGGCGGCGGCGGCGGCGGCGGCGGCGGCGAGAAGAGUCAUCCUACAUACAGGGGAGUAAGAAUGAGAGCUUGGGGGAAAUGGGUUUCUGAGAUUCGUGAGCCGAGGAAGAAAUCGAGAAUAUGGCUUGGGACAUAUGCAACGGCGGAAAUGGCGGCUUGUGCUCAUGAUAUGGCGGCUUUAGCUAUUAAAGGUGAAUCGGCUUACCUUAAUUUCCCAGAAUUGGCAAACGAUCUGCCUCGUCCAGCUUCGGCUUCUGCUAAGGAUAUUCAAGCUGUUGCAGCGGCUGCCGCAGCGAGAUUCUCCGAUUCCGCAGCCGCUGGACAAGCUGAGUUUAGCGGAGGAGCCGAGACGAGGACGAUUCCAAGUUGUCACUCGUCUACUAAUUUGUUAACGGCUUCAUCUAAUAAUCAUAAUAAGAGUACUAAAGAAUCGUUGAAUUUUGAAUCAAGAAAGGAUGAAGAGGAUUUGUUUUUUAAUCUUCCUGAUCUAUCAUUGGACGGUUCAGAUCUAAACGAUGGAUUUGGUUUCUUUUCUUCCAGCUCAUGGCAGCUGGCUGGAGCUGAAUCAGGUUUUCGGCUUGAUGACCCUUUCUUUUGGGAGUAUUAAUUAUUAUUAUUUUAAUAAAAGUAAAGGUCCUAACUUUAAUUUCACCUCUUAAAAUUAUUGGUGCACAAUUUGGAACACUUCUUAGUAAAUUUAAGUA